UCUUUAAUGAUGAAACAAGCUAUUUAUCUUUCAUUUGCUUUAGUUUCUCUCGUAAUUCCCUUCUUAUCCGUUUUCGCCAAGGAGUCCAUCGUCUAUUUCGAGUGCUCUCAACUCUACUCCAUCUCAACGAAAGCAUACGAGUCAAAUGUCAACACACUAUUCACUUCCUUAAUUAGCUCGGCUUCCAUCUCGAGCUUCAACAAAUUUGAAAUAUCACCCCAAAGCGAUGUUGUUUAUGGACUCUUUCAAUGCCGAGGUGAUCUUAGCUACCAUGAUUGUAAGGAUUGUGUGGAAAACUCAGUGAGUCAACUCAAGAAAACGUGUCCUAAGUCAACUAGUGGAACAAUACAAUUAGAAGGGUGUUUUAUAAAAUAUGACAAUACAUCAUUUUUUGGUGUAGAGGACAAGUUGAAGGUGUUCAAGAGGUGUGGCCCUUCGAUUGGUUAUAAUUCGGAUACGCUGACCCGAAUAGAUGAUGCGUUGGCAUAUCUGGUUGGUAAAACCGGGCAAUACUUUCGUGUGGGUGUUUUGGGGAGUGUUCAGGGUAUGAUGCAAUGUGUACAAGAUUUGAAUGUAACUGAUUGUGAAGAUUGUGUCUUGGAAGCACGUGGACGGGUGAGAUCAGAGUGUGAGACGUCGACUUGGGGUGAUAUGUACCUAGGGAAAUGUUAUAUUCGAUAUGCCGAUGGUAGCUUUCGCCCUGUAAAGGGUAUAGGUGUUGUUAACAUUAAUGAGGAUCUUCAUGGUGGUACGAGAAAAAGUAAAAACAUAAAAAAGGUGGUUGGGAUUGUUUUUGGCAUACUUUUGGGGACAGGUGUUUUGGGCUUUACCCUAUCUGUUUCAGUCAAAGUUUACAGAAUACGAGUGAAAAAAGAAGUAACAAUAGUGAGGCAAAAAGUAGAAGAAGUCCAGAGAGAAGCACAUGCGGCAAGGGAAGAAGCAAAAGCGGCCCAAGAGGAAGUAAAAAUAGCCAGGAGAGAAUCAGAAUCUCAAAAAUUACAAAUAGACACGCUUAGCCGACAACGAGAUUGGUAUAAGAGUAUGAGUUCGACUGGUCGAGUAUAAAGUGAGUAAAGGCUAUGUUUGGGGAUCAUGAUGUAAUUUUUCCGUUUUUAUGUUACGACUAUGUUCGAUAGUUGUGUAUUUUUUAAACAAUGGAUUGUCAGUUUGGUUUGAUAACUAAGAUUUUGUGGCUUAAACUGACAAAGUUAAAUUGUAAUAUUGUGGUAA